AUGUAUGCACCUCUGGGUUAUUUGUUCGAGAGCAUUAAGUCAUGGAACUCUCCCAACAGCAAUGGCAUUAGAAUUGAGCUACGCAGAGAUUUCCUUCCGGAUCAUAUUCUCGCAGUAUUUACAAUACCAACUGUCUGGAAUAUUCUUGGACGAGAAACACAAUCUGUAAGAGGAACCAAGAAUGAAAAGCAUGUCAACAUCAGCCUCACCAGCAUCAUCCUCAUAAAUGCUCAAACCAAGUUUAAGCAUUCAGUGAAUCUAUUGCCAAAGGUGUUUGGCUCCUCAAGGCUGAAUCCAGAAUUAAUCACCAAUUUGACGGCUAAAAUUUAUGUUCCUUGUGCUGGUGGUGGUGGUGAUAUUGAUCUUGGACAGGACGGCGAUGGUGGUGGAUACAGUGGUAAUGGAGGUUGGGGUCAUGGUGGUGACACGAAUGAAUCCAAGUCUUCAUGGGAUGGUUUUGGACCAAUUGGGGCUUUUAUAAAUGGGCAUGUCAACAUCAGCCUCACCAGCAUCAUCCUCAUAAAUGCUCAAACCAAGUUUAAGCAUUCAAUGAAUCCACUGCCAAAGGUGUCUGGUUCCUCAAGGCUGAAUCCAGAAAGUGCAGUCUCGAACAGCAACAGAACCAAGUCCUCUAAAGACUUGUCGUUCUUGUCGACAUCAACGAGAUUGGGAAUCCUUUUAAGGGUGGUUGCCCCUCUCUGUUAA